UCGGUAGCAUUUUCCGUGCACAUACUGGCUUAAUAAUAUUCAAACGUCUAUGCUAAGUAGCUACUUACGCGGCUAGCCGGAAUGCUAGGUGAACGAUGCUAAUGUUGCCUUCCAUGACUAUCGGAAAUAAAUGUCACCGAGUAGCUACUGCACCAAAAUGACUAAAUUUAGAUUAUCGCUGUGUAUGCCUUAUAUUUUAACCUAACGUCCCUUUUUAUAAAAGUACUUGCCUUAUUUUUAUUUAAAGCGCAGCACCUGAAUCGAUACUAUUCGGCAUAAUAACGCAUUAUAACGCAUGGAGCUUGUAUUUUGGAAUAUACGGGGAGUACAUGAAGGCAGCAGAUCCUGUCCCGUCCAAGUUAGCUACCAUUAGCGCAUCAGCAUCAUUCGCGCACAGCGAUCUAAAACUUUACCUGCUUAAUUUACUGUACGAGACGACCUUGGAGAACACCUCUCACACCAGAUAAGAACAUGUGUGUGUUGAUGCUGCAGGAGGACGGAGGGACUCGGCCUGCGGUAGCAUCACUGCUGCACCUCACAGAUCUCCUGAUAACCCUGGUCCUGUAAAUGUCCUGUAGUUGAUGGAGAUGAGUCGCUUCUGUUCGGACAACAACAACUUCCCCUAUGACAACAACAACGUUCUGGUUCUGGACAUGGUGCUGGGAUCCCUGUGGGGGGUGCCACAGCCCAUAAACUGGGACAGCGUAUCCAAGCUGGUACCAGGCUUCACUCCCAAGGAGUGCGCCCGUCGAUUUGAGGAGCUGAAGAGCACGGGGGGGUUUCCUCAUGUGGACCACCAGUGUAACGCCCUGACGGGGGGAAGCAGCUCCCCCUCGGACGGCCUGUCCACGCUGCUGGAGGCCGGGGAGGUGGAGGAGAGAGGAAUCAGCCAGAGCAGCAGCGGCAAAGUCACAGGCAAGUCGAUGCCCUCACGAAGGGGCGCUGCUGCAGAGAAGAAGGAGAAAAGAGCCUCAACAGAGGAGGAGGACAAACCCCAGAAGCCUCGAGAUCCCAACAUGGUCAUCCACGUGUGCGACGAGACCAAGAACCUGAAGCAGGACUUCACGUGUCCCAGGGACCUUCUGGUGAAGGAGAUGCGUUACUUUGCCGAGUAUUUGUCCGUGGACGCCCAGAGGUGGGAGGAGGUGGACAUCUCGGUCCACUGCGACGUCCAGAUCUUCGACUGGCUCAUGAACUACGUGAGGAGGAACUCGGCCGGAGAGGGGAACAAGGACAAGCCCCGGCUCGAGCCCAGCAAUGUGAUCUCAAUCCUGAUCUCCUCCGAGUUCUUGAAGAUGGAUACGUUAGUGGAGGAGUGCAUCCAGUACUGCCACAAACACAUGAGCGCCAUCGUCGCCACGCCCUGCAACAUGAACUGCAUCAACAGCAACCUGGCCACGAGGAUCGCCGAGCUGUUCAACCACAACGAGGCCGACGACAUCAGGGACAAGAAAGACAAGUUCAAGAGCAAACUGUUCCAGAAGAAAAUCGAGCGUCUCUUCGAUCCCAACUACCAGAGCAGAGAUUCCCCGGGAAACGCCUCGUCUCUCUACAGAUGUGCUCUGUGCCUUAAGCUUCUGACCAAAGACACGGAGAGGAAGAUUUCCUGUGUCCCGGGGAAAAUCAACGUGGAUGCGAGGGGAGAAAUCAUCUACACACACACGAGACAGAAGAGCUGGGACGUGCAUGAAUACAUCACAUCCCUGUAUGAGGAGCUCAAGUCCUGGGUCCUGGUUUACUGGAGGAUCUGGGGCGCCAUCAACUACCUCACCUGCUCCAGGUGUCAACAGGUGUUUGUUUGUUCCGAGCUGACUCACUGCAGGUACCACCCGGACAGCGUGUUCUACCCGGGCAUGGCUGCAGAGAAAGGCUGGCACGGCGCAGGGAUAUAUCCCUGCUGCAGCCAGAGGGUCCUCCGCUUCGACCCCACCGGGAUUCCCAAGGGCUGUAAGAUGCGCGACCACAUAGUGAACGUCCCGGACGAGGACGAGGAGCAGGACUGUGACGAGGCGGCGUCGGCUCAGACCCGAGUCCUCAACGACCUGCUGCUGCACAGAGACGCCGUGUGUUUGUCCAACACGGCGUCCGCAGAGAGCGCUGAGGAGAGUCCGUCCGGGGCAGAGAAGGUUCAGGACUGCGACGUCCUCCUGGAGCCGACUCUGCUGGGACAUCUGAGAGGAGACGGCAGCGCUUUUUCCCUCUUGAAAAACUGGAGUCUUCAACUGAGGCAGCAGUCGCUCCUGUCGGAGGACGAGGAGUACACCACGGGGUCGGAGGUCACGGAGGACGAGGUCGGAGACGAGGAGGAGCUGUCCAAGAAACAAGCUGCUAAAAAGGCCAAGAAGGCCCACAGACCUCUGAAGAAACAAAUGUCCUCCCCAAACUUCCAACGCAAAGAAAAACCAGAGAAAUCACAGACCAGAGACAACACACCGUUCAUAGUGAGCGUCCAGAAAAGUAAGUGGGACAGUUCUCGGUCCAUGCGCUACAACCAGGACGCACAGAGAGAAGAAGACCAGCGCCGCAUGGUGGAGAUCGUGGGCUACCUGACUAAGAUGAGGUUCGGGGAACAGGACCAGCAGAAUAAAUCCAAGGACACUAAGGAGCCUGCAGGAGGAAUCUACUCCAGACUGGAGUCACAGUUUAAGAGCGUCUCCCAAACCAGGCAGAGUUCAGAGAAGACGCCCAGAUCUAAGAUACGUUACGCUCAGAUACGAACCACAUAAACACCUGGACCUGGACAACAGGAAGAGUUCAAGAAGAAGAAGAGACGAUGCUUUCGUCUCACUGAGCAUGGCCGCCACUUAUAACCCAGCAUCCUCACCCUCCUCACCCUCCUCGCCCUCCUCGCCCUCCUCGCCCUCCCCUCCCUCCCCUCUCUGCUUAACUCCAGUGACUCUGUGACGAUCGCUGUCGGCUGCAUCCUCCUGUCUCUCAACACGCUGCUUGUUUGUGCAGCUGUGGCCAAAAUAACAAACAAAAGGAAAAACCUGGGUGGACUCUGGAUCCAGCUCUUAGGAAACGAUCGCAGUAUUUCUUCAAGGACUGAGAUUAGUAAAGAGACAGCAUGAGAAAUGUCCACUUCUGCCAGUAAAAA